CUGGCAGUGCCAUCGCUAGCAGUGCAGUCAACAAUUUAAGUUUGUUUUAUGUUGGCCAAAAAGACAAUACGAUGUACACAUUGAUGCACGGCUUCUACAAAUACAUGACUCAGAAGGACGACUACUGUGUGGUGAUACUGGGCCUGGACAAUGCUGGCAAAACGACUUACUUGGAGGCCGCCAAGACCACGUUCACGCGGAACUACAAGGGCCUCAAUCCCAGCAAGAUCACGACGACGGUGGGCCUCAACAUCGGCACCAUCGACGUCCAGGGCGUACGCCUCAACUUCUGGGAUCUUGGUGGCCAGCAGGAGCUGCAAUCUCUGUGGGAUAAGUACUACCAGGAGUCGCAUGGCGUCAUCUACGUGAUUGAUUCCAACGAUAGGGAGCGCAUGGAAGAGUCCAAGAUAAUCUUCGACAAGAUGAUCAAAAACGAACUGCUGUCCGGAGUGCCUUUGCUCAUCCUGGCCAACAAGCAGGAUCUUCCAGAUGUGAUGGGCGUGCGGGAGAUCAAGCCUGUGUUCCAGCAGGCUGGAGCCCUUAUAGGGCGUCGAGAUUGCCUUACCAUUCCCGUAUCCGCGCUCCACGGCGAGGGCGUGGACGAGGGCAUCAAGUGGCUGGUGGAGGCCAUCAAACGGCAUGCGGUGGUCCGGCCGCCGCGGGAAAAUGAUUAGAAGACAAGAAGAAGAUACGGGCCUAGUAGUCGGCCCUCCACUGGCUUUAAUUAGACUUGUACUUUUGUAAGUUUAGGGCUUAGGAUAACGCUUAUUUGUAAUUAGCCGGGGAAGAUUGUGAGAUACCAAUUGUACAUUGCUAAAUAUGCGGCUUUAUCUUCAAAGGCCUUAACUGGAUUUCUUCUCGGUAAACUACAGCUUGUAAAUGAAGGAAACAAUGUUAGAAAGCUAAGAGACUUACGCAUAGGACAACGAAUUACAAAUACAAUUGUUACAAUGACAGAGAACAUGCCAUGCCUAUUAGCCAAACAAGUGCAAGGAUUCGUAAAUAUUAGAUAACUAUGCCUGGCAGGAACAUUUUUUAGAAGUUUGUAAAUAUAUCGUUUUAAUAUAGCUAACCCAAUGAAAAGGUAUCUUGUUUUAGGAAAUUUGAUUAUAUGUAAUCUAUUUAUUACAAUUUCGCUUAUAAUUAUUGAAUGUUUCUAUUAAUAA